UUAUAAUACAUGCAAAAAAUAAAAAAGCCUGAAAUUUUAACAAAGAAUCAAAAUAUGCACUGAUUCAAAGACAAAUCCAAGAAAAAAUGAAAUAGAAAAAGGAGUUUAACGUACAGCAGAGGUAGCAGAAGCAGAGGGCCCAGAAGACUUAAAACGGAAAACAGACUCCCCCGUCUUUUGCUUAAACCCAAACCCUCCCCUCUCCUCUCUCCCUCCUCUUUUUCUCUCCCAGUCUCGCUAGUCCCUACUCUCCCUCUUCUUUAUUACACACACCCAUUUUAUACACAUACACUCCUACACUAGACUCUUUUUAUAUCAGACAAACACACGAACUAGCAUUCAUUUUUUGUCUCCUUGAAUAUCUGCUCUGCUGCUGCUUCUGCUACUCUUUAACUGCUCUUUUAUUAUCCACUCCACUCCAUCUUGCUCUGCCUCUCUUCAAGAUUUACAUACCCUCUUCAUUUUUUUAGUUCUUGUGUACUUUUGGAAGGUGCUUAUGUGGUGGUACUUUUAUUCUUUAUUGGCUGAAGCCUGAGAGAUGGCACAGGCCAGGAACAAGGGAAAACUCCUUAGAAGCACUCUGUAUACAUUUGGGUGCUUUAGGUCUCCUCCUGAUGAUGCUGAGGCUCCUCAAGAGCUUCAAGAUUCCGGCUAUUCGAGAAUUGUAUAUUGCAACCAGCCACAUCUCCACCAGAAAAAACCACUUAAGUACCCUUUAAAUGACAUAUCAACCACAAAGUACAAUGUCAUUACUUUCUUGCCCAAAGCAGCCUUUGAGCAAUUCCGUCGUGUUGCCAAUGUUUACUUCCUCCUGGCUGCCAUUUUGUCACUCACACCUGUCACUCCAUUCUCUGCAUUUAGCAUGAUUGCUCCUCUGGCCUUUGUUGUUGGACUUAGUAUGACGAAGGAAGCAGUCGAGGACUGGCGUAGGUUUCUGCAAGAUAGGAAGGUUAAUAUGCGGAAAGUCAGUACUCGUCAAGAAAAUGGGGGAUUUUCUUAUCAACCAUGGGAGAAGAUUCAGGUUGGAGACGUGGUUAAAGUAGAAAAGGAUCAAUUCUUUCCCGCAGACUUAUUUUUUCUGUCAUCUAGUUAUGAAGAUGGAAUCUGUUAUGUGGAAACCAUGAACUUAGAUGGAGAGACAAACCUAAAGGUUAAACGAGCUCUAGAGGUAACUUCACCCCUCAAUGUUGACGAAUCUUUCAAGGAUUUCACUGGAACAAUUAGAUGUGAAGACCCCAACCCCAACCUUUAUACCUUUGUCGGGAAUCUAGAUAUUGACCACCGGCUCUAUCCUCUAGAACCUAGUCAAAUCCUCCUAAGAGACUCAAAGCUUAGGAAUACAGCUUAUGUCUACGGAGUGGUGAUUUUCACCGGUCAUGACAGCAAAGUCAUGCAAAAUGCUACAACAUCUCCUUCAAAAAGGAGCAGAAUUGAGAAACAGAUGGACAAAAUUAUUUACAUCCUGUUCUCAUUCCUUCUGCUCAUUUCAAUAAUUAGCUCAGUAGGUUUUGCUGUUAAGACAGAAUACCAGAUGCCAGAUUGGUGGUAUUUACCUCCAGAUGGGGGCAGCCUAUAUGAUCCCAACAAGGCCAGCUUGUCUGGAUUUUAUCAUCUUGUAACUGCUGUUAUCCUUUAUGGAUACCUCAUACCCAUCUCGCUUUAUAUAUCAAUCGAGAUUGUGAAGGUCAUUCAAGCAAAAUUCAUUAACUGGGACAUACAGAUGUUCGAUGAGGACACAGCAACUCCUGCUCAAGCACGGACCUCAAAUUUGAAUGAGGAGUUAGGCCAGGUUGAUACAAUACUCUCUGAUAAGACUGGAACUUUGACAUGCAACCAGAUGGAAUUCAUUAAGUGUUCCAUUGCUGGGACUUCGUAUGGCAUGUCUACCAGUGAUGUGGAAGUCGCAGCUGCAAAGCAGAUGGAAGUGAAUAUUGAUGGGAAGGAUCCUGAAUUUUCAAGCAAUAUUAGUAGUAGAAGAAGUGGCGAUAUAUUUUGGAAAAACAAGAGGAACUGUUUUGGACAAUCAGAGAUUGAGAUGGAGAGCAUCAGAACUCCUAAGGGUGUGAAAAAUCAGAAUCCUGCAAUGAAAGGGUUUAAUUUCGAGGACAGCCGUAUCAUGAAUGGGAAUUGGUCUACAGAACCCGACGCAGAUUUGAUUUUGUUAUUUUUCCGAAUACUUGCCUUGUGUCACACUGCAAUUCCAGAGAUAAAUGUGGAGACUGGAGGUUUUGACUACGAAGCAGAGUCACCGGAUGAAGGAGCUUUUCUUGUUGCAGUAAGAGAAUUUGGUUUUGAGUAUUGUAAAAGAAGUCAAACAAGCAUAUUUGUGCGUGAAAGGCUUCCUUCUUCUCUCGAAAUUGUUGAAAGGGAGUUUAAAAUUCUUAAUGUGCUGGAUUUCACUAGCAAAAGAAAGCGAAUGUCUGUGAUUAUCAGGGAUGAAGAUGGACAGAUUUUUCUGCUGUGCAAAGGUGCAGACAGCAUCAUCUGUGACCGUUUAUCUAAGAGUGGACGAAUGUUUGAGGAAGCUACUAUGAAGCAUCUGAAUGAAUAUGGUGAAUCUGGGUUGCGGACUCUUGCACUUGCUUAUAAGAAGCUACAAGAAACUGAAUACAAUGCUUGGAAUGAAGAGUUUCUUAAAGCAAAGACUUCUAUUGGUGGUGACCGGGAGGUGAUACUUAAAAAUUUAUCGGAUGCGAUGGAGAGAGAUUUAAUACUUAUCGGUGCAACUGCAGUGGAGGACAAACUUCAGAAAGGGGUGCCUCAGUGUAUUGAUAAACUAGCACAAGCUGGUCUAAAAAUCUGGGUCCUUACAGGUGAUAAGAUGGAAACUGCAAUCAACAUAGGAUAUGCCUGCAGUCUGCUUCGACAGGGCAUGAAACAAAUAUGCAUAGCAGUAAAUGUUGACAUUAUAGCCCAAGAUUCCCAAAAGCUAGUGAAGGAGGACAUCUUGAUGCAAAUCACCGAUGCAUGUGAGAUGGUAAAGCUUGAAAAGGACCCUCAUGCUGCAUUUGCCUUGAUUAUUGAUGGCAAAACAUUAGCUUAUGCCUUGGAGGAUGAUAUGAAGGGUUAUUUCUUAGAUCUAGCAGUUGAUUGUGCUUCUGUCAUAUGCUGUCGUGUCUCUCCUAAGCAGAAGGCUCUGGUAACAAGAUUAGUAAAAGAAGGUACUGGAAAGACAACUUUAGCUAUUGGCGAUGGCGCAAAUGAUGUUGGAAUGAUUCAAGAGGCGGAUAUUGGUGUAGGCAUCAGCGGUGUGGAAGGAAUGCAGGCUGUGAUGGCUAGUGAUUUUUCGAUUGCACAGUUCCGGUUUCUGGAGAGACUUCUGGUAGUCCAUGGGCACUGGUGCUACAAGAGGAUAGCUCAGAUGAUAUGUUAUUUCUUCUACAAGAACAUUGCCUUUGGGCUUACACUGUUUUACUUUGAGGCUUUCACUGGCUUCUCUGGGCAAUCUGUCUAUGAUGACUGGUAUAUGUUGCUAUUUAAUGUUCUUCUGACUUCAUUGCCUGUCAUUUCACUAGGUGUCUUGGAACAAGAUGUUUCUUCUGAGGUCUGCUUACAGUUCCCAGCAUUGUAUCAGCAAGGAGCGAAAAACUUGUUCUUUGACUGGUUUCGGAUACUUGGGUGGAUGGCAAAUGGUCUCUACACCUCCCUUGUUAUAUUUUUUGUAAACAUUGGGAUCUUUCACGACCAGGCCUUCCGCUCUGAUGGGCAGACUACAGACAUGGCUGCCAUGGGUACCACUAUGUUCACUUGCAUAAUCUGGGCCGUCAACUGUCAGAUCGCCUUUACAAUGAGUCACUUCACCUGGAUCCAACACAUCGUUGUCUGGGGAAGCGUCGUCACUUGGUACAUAUUCCUCUAUCUCUACGGCCUCAUGUUAUCACCUCAUGCUUUCAGAGUACUGGAAGAAGCUGUUGCUCCUGCACCACUGUACUGGCUAACCACGCUUCUGGUAGCGGUUGCCUGCAUUAUCCCAUACCUAGCUCACAUAUCAUUCCAGCGAGCAUUCAACCCCAUGGAUCACCAUAUAAUCCAAGAAAUCAAGUACUACAAACAAGACAAGGAGGACCGAAGCAUGUGGAGAAGAGAGCGGUCGAAAGCUAAGCAGGAAACAAAGAUAGGGUUCUCAGCAAGAGUCGAUGAAACAAUGAGACAGUUAAGAGGGAGGUUGCAGAAGAAACCUUCUUGGUCAACUCCACGCAGUAGCAUGUAACUAGACAGAUUGUCCAUAUCUUUCUUCUGUGAAUAGAGUUUUCGGGGUCACUGCCAUUUAGCCAAUUUGUUCAGCAGAGGCAUUGCUUCAAAGGGAUGGUAGAAAGUAGAGUGUACAGGUUUCAAAUGUAUCAUCACAGGCUCACACCAUAUAUAGAUAACUUCCUUUCUUUCAA